UCCCAUUUCCAAUUUUGAAUUCACGGACAGAGGAAAGAGAAGGGAAGGAGUGGGAGAGAUCUCAACGCGACAAACGGCAUCGUUUCAGCCACGUGGACACUCCUUCUAAAACCCUUCGCCCUACCACCGGCUGCUUCCGGUAACGCUCUAUCACGGAAUCAAAUUAUUAGGAAUAAAAAAUAAUUAAAAAGGGAAAAGAAAAACGGGGUAGGACGGUACGGUCCGUUGCUUCCCCUUACUCCGGGACUCGCUUUCUACCGUUCGUCCCCCUCUAUAAAUACCGCCUUUCCACCUACGUCUCAUGUUUUCCUUUCUCUCUCUUCUUCACCAUUCUCUUCUAUCACCGUUUUCCGGCGAAGCCGCCGGCCAGUAACCGUCGUUUCUGCCGGGCAAUAUCUCUUCGCGGCGCCGUUCCCUCUGCCUCAGGAUCUUGAUCUGUUACUUAUAUUUCUUUAAUGCGCCACUUGUCUUUUCGUAAAUGUGUUCGGCUUUUCGAAAUUGAUGAUGCAAUUGGUGGAGGUGAAGUGGUAUCCGUUUCUGAUACAUUCGUUGGGUUAUUAGAGAAGUUGAGAAAAUGGACGGCCAUUUGGGAAUGAGGAAAAUCAGCUCUCACUGCUCCAUAUCCGAGAUGGAUGACUUUGAUCUCUCACGUCUGCUUGACAAACCAAGAUUAAAUAUUGAGAGACAGAGAUCAUUUGAUGAGAGGUCACUCAGUGAACUGUCCAUUGGUCUUGCGAGAGCUGGCUUGGAAAAUUAUGACACUUAUUCGCCUGGGGGAAGAUCUGGCUUUAACACACCUGCUUCAUCUACGCGGAAUUCAUUUGAGCCCCAUCCCAUGGUUGCUGAUGCCUGGGAAUCCCUGAGAAAAUCUCUAGUCUAUUUCAGAGGUCAACCGGUUGGCACAAUUGCAGCUGUUGAUCAUCAAUCAGAGGAAGUUCUAAACUAUGACCAGGUUUUUGUUCGAGAUUUUGUGCCCAGUGCCCUGGCCUUUUUGAUGAAUGGUGAACCAGAUAUAGUUAAGAACUUCUUGUUGAAGACACUACAUCUUCAGGGGUGGGAAAAAAGGGUAGAUCGAUUUAAGCUUGGGGAAGGUGUGAUGCCAGCUAGUUUCAAAGUCCUCCAUGAUCCCAUUAGGAAAACAGAUACGCUUAUUGCAGAUUUUGGUGAGAGUGCAAUUGGAAGAGUUGCUCCAGUUGACUCUGGAUUCUGGUGGAUCAUUUUGCUUCGUGCUUACACAAAGUCCACGGGAGAUCUAUCUCUGGCUGAAUCAUCAUCUUGUCAAAAGGGAAUGAAACUUAUAUUGACUCUAUGCUUGUCAGAGGGGUUUGAUACAUUUCCAACUCUGCUCUGUGCUGAUGGAUGCUGCAUGGUUGACCGAAGAAUGGGUAUUUAUGGUUAUCCUAUAGAGAUACAGGCACUUUUCUUUAUGGCAUUGAGAUCUGCUUUGUCAAUGCUGAAACAGGAUGAUGCCGAAGGGAAAGAAUGUGUAGAGCGUAUUGUGAAACGAUUGCACGCACUAAGUUAUCACAUGAGAAGUUACUUUUGGCUUGACUUCCAACAACUAAAUGACAUUUAUCGGUAUAAGACUGAAGAGUACUCACAUACUGCAGUAAAUAAGUUUAAUGUUAUUCCUGAUUCCAUCCCAGAUUGGGUAUUUGAGUUUAUGCCAACUCGUGGGGGCUACUUUAUAGGAAAUGUCAGUCCAGCUAGGAUGGAUUUUCGAUGGUUUGCUUUAGGCAAUUGUGUUGCAAUUUUAUCUUCUCUGGCAACUCCAGAGCAAUCAAUGGCUAUCAUGGAUCUUAUUGAAGCUCGUUGGGAUGAGUUAGUUGGAGAAAUGCCCUUAAAAAUAUCUUAUCCAGCAAUAGAGAGCCACGAAUGGCGAAUUGUUACUGGCUGUGAUCCCAAAAAUACCAGAUGGAGUUACCAUAACGGAGGAUCUUGGCCAGUGCUCCUGUGGUUAGUAACAGCUGCUUGCAUCAAAACGGGGAGACCGCAGAUAGCAAGACGUGCAAUUGAGCUUGCAGAGAGUCGUUUACUGAAGGAUGGGUGGCCUGAAUAUUACGACGGUAAACUUGGAAGAUAUAUUGGGAAACAGGCAAGAAAAUACCAAACAUGGUCUAUCGCAGGUUAUCUGGUGGCAAAGAUGAUGCUGGAGGACCCGUCUCACUUGGGGAUGAUUUCCCUUGAAGAAGACAAACAAAUGAAACCGGUUAUUAAAAGAUCGUCUUCGUGGACUUGCUAAAACACUUCAGGUGAUAGAUAAAUAGUAUAAAAAACGAAUAGAGAAAAGCUUAGAAGAUGAGAUUGUUGUUUCAAUUAACGGCACUAUUCUUGGUGAUUCCCUUCCUCGUAGGCUUGAUUAAAAGUUUGGCUUGUGUAAAAUGGCUGUUGCUGAGACUGGCAUCAUGCUCUUCCCAAAUAAGUAAAAAGACCCUUUCACUUCAUGUUUGCUAAGUUCAAUGCUACCGUCCCACAUGUUGCCUGGGAUUUUAUUAGUAAGAUAAGAAAAAGUAUCAAACAUUCUUCAUUAUAUUAAUGUCUUUCCCUCA